AUGCGUCAACGACGAGCCAAGAUCUAUCGCAAGAUGCUGCACGCCUACCAGCUGCAGUUCUCCUUCCGCGAGCCCUACCAGUUGCUCAUCGAUGACACGUUCUCCCUCGCUCUGUCGCGGUACAAGAUCUCGGACCCGGUGCAGCAGUUCGGCAAUGUGUUGCAGAGCAAGAAGAUCAAGCCGCUGAUCACGCAGUGCUGCAUGCAAGCGCUGUAUGCGUUGGGCAAGGAGCACCAGUCGACUGUCGACAUGGCCAAGGCCUGGGAGCGAAGGAUGUGCAACCACCGGGAGGCAAUCGACCCCCAGGAGUGCGUCAAGCAGUGCGUAGGCAAGGAGAACAAGCACAGGUACAUCGUCGCGAGCGAACAGGGCGAGUUGCGACGCGAUCUGAGAUUGGCCGUCGCCGGAGUGCCGAUGAUGCACUUCACCCAGGCAGUCAUGGUGCUCGAACCCAUGUCGCCACUCACCAAGAGCCGGAUCGAGGAGAAGGAGGACACGAAGCUCAGCCUGCCCGCGAGCGAAGCGGGGCUGUUGAAGAACCAGCCGAGCGUCGAGGUGGACAUUGUGGGUGAGGCGGCGGACGAGGAGAAGGUGGAAGGGGAGACCGGCACGGAGGCAGCCGAGGGCUCGGGGAGGAGGAGGAAGAGGAAGGCGCCCAACCCGUUGUCCGUCCGCAAGCCCAAGAAUCCUCGACUUACGAUGGAGGAGAAGUUGCAGAAGGAGCAGGAGUACAAGAAGCAGAAGCAGAGGAAUGCUGCAAAGGCGAGAAUGGAGGCGAGCAAGCUGGACGGGACGAAGGCUGCUAGUGCGGAGGAAAAGGGAGGCAGCGGCGGGAGGAAGCGUAGAGGUUCUAGGGCCAACAAGGAUGGCAGUGCCGAGGGCGAGACUGCUGCUCCGAAAGCGGUGCCGGUGGCGAAGCCGAAGAAAGCGGUAGAGCCGAAGGAGGUGCCAAAGAAGGUUCAGGUUCCAGCUGCAGACACGAAUGGCGAGCCCAAGAAGAAGAAGGUCCGCUCAAAGCCCCGUCCCGAGGCUGCAAACGGUGAUUCUGCUGAGAGCUCAGCUUGA